AUGAUUGAAAAAGGAUAAUAUUUUGAAAAAUAAGAAGAUUUUGCAAACUCAAAUCUUUCUUCCCAUGUUAAUCUUGUUAUUAAGUAAGGAUUACUUUAGGAAGAUUUUAUCUAUUGUAUGGAGUUUUGUAAUAAUCUCUAAACAUUGGUAUUAGAUAUUAGUAAAGGCUUUCCUCACCCAAAAAAAUUAAAUAGAUUAAUUGAUAUUUUAGGCUGUUUAAAAGAUUUUUGGAGUUUACAUCUGAAGCUGAACAUUUUACAUUUUGAUGUUAAUGAUAUAACGGGCUUAUGUACUUCAUUGUAAAAGUACUCUAAUAUUUCUAUGUUGGAACUCUCAUUAUUCUCUUACCGAACUGAUGAUAAAAUGUUUAUACAUUUAGGUUAUUCUUUAUCAUAAUGCAAAAAUCUACGUUUUUUGACUCUCUUGUUUAAUAAUAUAUUAAUUGAAGAUAUAAUAAGCUAAUAAGGUGCAAUAAGCUUUGCUUAAUCUCUAUCAAAGAAUAAUAAUCUUUUGUAGUGUCGUAUAAGCCUUGAUUAUAUUGAAAUCUUCAAUGACAAACUUAGAUUAUUAAAAUUUGUUAUGAAUAUAAAAAAAAUGAAGAGAUUAGUAAUAUUUUAAAUGUGA